CUGUUAGACUUCUGUGUCUUCUCUCCCAAACGCAUACCAAAUCAAAUCUUCGCAAUUUCAGCUGGAUCUGCUAUUCCGAUAGCGGAUCUGAAGGGUAAUGACAACUACUCAAGGCAGGAAAAGCUGUUAAGAAACAAGCUCGCGUCACUCUAUCGACUCGUAGAUUUAUUUCAGUGGUCUCAAGGGAUCUACAAUCACAUCACGCUACGUCUACCGAAUGAUGAUGACCAUAUCUUGGUGAAUCCAUUUGGUUUGCUGUACCACGAAAUCACCGCUAGCAGCCUAGUCAAAGUGAACCUGCAGGGUGAAAUUGUCGACCCUGGAACUACAAAGCUAGGAAUAAAUCAGAAUGGUUUAAUGCUGCAUUCGGCAAUACAUUCAGCACGAUCGGAUGUGCGAUGUAUUCUGCAUAUGCACACAGCGGUGGUGUCGGCAGUUGCCAGCAUGAAAUGUGGUCUGCUCCCCCUCUGCCAAGAAGCGAUGGUCAUUGGACCAGUCGCGUACCACGACUAUCAGUUUGUGUGA